CACCCAGAUUUGCUGUGAGGACCAGAACAGCCGGCCAACCUGUACGCCGUAUACAAAUAGACGAGCCAACCAGAGAAUGUGAAUGUCGAGGAGCGGAACUGGGAAUUGGUAUCGGAGGGUUUGGGGAAGGCAGGUUCAGAGUCUCUUCUUCUGUCCAUGAUGCUGUGACAUGGAGGGAGGAGAGACUAGAUUUUAUAGUAUGGAUUUCUUCGAAUUGGCCAAGAUCAUCUUCGGUAGGGUCCAAAAGCUGGAACCUGAGAAUGUUGUGAAGAUCAUGGGAUGUAUUUUCCUGAAGGAGCCUAGUGAGCAAGAAAUGAUGCAAUUGGCAUUCGGCCCUGACACAAUGUUGCUCUCUAAGAUCAGUGAUGCCAAGAACAUGCUAGGCAUGUUCUCUCCCAAGAACUCCAUGUCCGACAUGCAAAUUGGUUCUUACCCUCCCUCUGUAUCGCACACCUUCUCCUCUCCCAUCAAUUUUCACAUCCCAGCACCUUAUUGGGAUCCUCAGCUUUCUUCUGAACAGCAAUGCCCAUCCCACAACUUUGAUUUUGUUCCGCGACCAUACAACACUGAUUCGAUUGGGGACAGGAACUCACUUCAAAGUCAAUCUCAACCGAUGGAGCAACUGGAUGCUGUGAACCACAUCAACAACUACUACUACCACCCAGAAGCUACUGCAUUCGGUGGUGGCAUGGCUUCAAGGACGGGCAGGAGAUCACACAGCCUGUCAGAUUUACCUACCAAGGCUUGCCAUUAUUUCAACAAAGGUUACUGCAAACAUGGGAUGAACUGCAGAUACUCUCAUGCCCAGUCCUUUCCAGAUGGUUACUCUCAUGCAUUUAGCUCCAACCUGACUGAUUAUGCAAAUGAGGACCAUGUGUACACGCCUAAGUCACUUGAGAACCUAGAAAUGGAGAUCACAGGGAUUUUGAGAUCAAGGAGAGGAGUGCCUGUUUCUAUUGCCUCAUUGCCCAUGUUAUACUAUGAGAAGUAUGGAAAGAACCUCCAGGCUGAGGGUUAUCUUACGGAGAGCCAGCGGCAUGGGAAGUCUGGCUUCAACUUGACAAAGUUGCUUUCCCACUUGAGGAAGAGCAUCCGGCUAAUUGAGAGACCUCAUGGUCAGCAUUCGGUGAUUCUAGCAGAAGACGCUCCCAGAUAUAUGGAGUGCAGGAAUGAGAGAAAUGAUUUAUGUUCAACGGUUUCUAGUUCACACCAGAUUUAUCUUACAUUCCCAGCAGAAAGCACAUUCACCGAAGAUGAUGUUUCCAACUAUUUUAAGCAAUAUGGUCAAGUGCGUGAUGUUAGGAUUCCUUGCCAAGACAAACGUAUGUUUGGGUUUGUCAGCUUUGUCCAUCCUGAGACUGUCAACAUGAUUCUUAUGAAGAGAAAUCCCCAUUACAUAUGUGGAGCCCGUGUGUUGGUGAAGCCAUAUAGGGAAAAAACAAAAAUCAUUGACAGAAUGUACUCAGAGAAUAUAAAGUCCAUUGUUCGUUACCCUUCUCACCAUCCUGACAUGGAUCGUGAGGUUACCUCUGUUCCUGAGGAAUCUGAGAGUUCCAGGCUACUUAGAUACCAGCUGAUUGAAGAUAAGGAGAUGAUGGAGCUUGAGAGAGGGCAUCGUUCUAAAUUGAACUUAGCACCUAAGACAUUAACCCAUCAACAUUGUCUGACCCAGGGCAUGGAAGACUUGACAAUUCUAGAAGGUCCCAGUAACUUAUUAUUAAAUCAUUUCAGUUAUGCACUUGAUACUCUGAACAAUGGCUGUGCGAGUGACAAUAAAGCUAGGCAAAUAGGCAACUCAUUCAGUGACCAGGAAAGCAACCACCUCGAACUCCCAGAGAGCCCUUUUGCAUCUGCUUCAGUAGGAAGCAGCAUCUCUGCAGUCAUAUAAAUACUCGAAGAGAAGAAUGGGAGCUUCUCGUUCCUCCAAAGCUUUUCGACUCCUAUGCAUCAAUGGCAGUUGAUCUCUAUACCCGAAAACAGAAAGAUAAAUGCUUCUCCUUUGUUGCUGUGGGAAGCCUAGGAAGAUACAGCCACACAUAUAAUGAAGCAGUAAGCUUCUCAUUGUAGAUACCGAAGCGAGAUUUCAGCGGUCUUACAAGAUAUGACGACUAACAUAUCAUAGAUGAUUGGACAGAAAUCAUCAGAAAGUAGAAAUAAACAUGAGAUUGGUACAGAAUAUGUCAUUAAUUGCUAAUUUCAGUGACUGUUUUAUGUUAGUUGCAAUAAGAAGAUAUGCCCAAUCGAUCAUACAAUGUUACAUUUGUAAUGGCA